AUGGGACGCUCUUGCUGUGGAAACACGCUCAAUCACGCAGAUGCCGUUGACAAGGCUGUGUUAAAAACCCCAGAUUCUUUCUCUGUGAAUUUUGGUGGCGGUGCGUCAUCGGAGACAUCCAAUCAAGGGAACUCGUCUGGAAACGACGAUGUCCAAAAGAACGAUAAAAUUAAAGCCGCAGACGCCUGGUACCAGGAGCCUACCGAUAUUUGCAAGGUAAAGGCUCGACGCACGGCUUGCGAGAGAGGCUGUUGCGACGAUCAGUCUAGCGAGACCAUUGGUGAAAUGGAUGUCCUUUCUUGCGGUGCUUCUGCUUCUAAGGAAGCCAGUUGUGCAGGAAAUUCGAACCCCAAAGCUGAAAGGCUAAAACGCAGUGUUUCAUUUCCCGAUACCUCACGGUCAAGCGAAUCUGCGACUUCGGAUGAACCUACCGAGGCAAUGUGCUGCGAGGGCAAGUCUUCGUCGCCCUGCUGUGAUGAAAGCUGCCUCGACCGCCUGGCUUUGCGUGAAUGUGAUAAGGGAUCAACCACCCAUUGCAUGGAAGCAGCUGGAAACUCACUUCCUUCGAAAUCGACCCCCACAGAAGGUGCAAAGCUCAACCGCAGAGCUUGCGAUCGUCACAAUCGCUCGGUUAGAGAGCAGUAUGCGACUAAGCUUAUGGCUCUCGGAUGUGUCUGCCGUGCUCUUCUUGCGCUAGGUAAAGAAUCAUGCUGCGAGCCUCGAAAGCGCUCUUCUCUGGAUAAGGGGCAAUUCUCCGAACGACCACUGAGACAGUCUUUCCCGUGGAUUUCGGUUGAAUCUCUCCGCAAAGUCGGCACGUCUACAAGUCGAUCGCCGCUUCGAAGUACCGACCAUGGCGAAACGUACAAACAUAAAUGUGGUGUCAAAAAGAGUGCCAGUCAAGGUUGCGCUACCAAAUCUUGCUGUAAAUCCAACUUUACUACCUCCAGUGACGAACGCAUCGAUCUCUGUAACAACAAACCUGGGGGAAAAGAAACUCAGUCCCCGAGUGGCUCGUGCGUUGAUAUCUGCUGCGCCUCCAAAAAGUACAAAAAGAGCGGAACUGUUAGCAUUGACCCUGAUCUAGAGGGUCAGGCCAUAGGUGUCGAGCAUGUGGUUCUAUCGAUAUCUGGUAUGACUUGCACUGGCUGCGAGACGAAACUCAACAGAACCCUCGCAACAGUGGUAGGUGUUAAGAACCUGCGGACUAGUCUGGUUCUGUCUCGAGCAGAGUUCGACUUGGACCUCAAUCUCUCUACUGUAGACUUUGUUAUGAGGCACUUGGAGCGGACUACAGAGUUCAAAUGUGAGAUCAUCACCAAUAAUGGGUCGGCUAUGGAUAUAUUUGUUUCUGGGGAUCCAAAUUUGAUUGUCAACCAGGCUUGGCCGGAAGGCGUGAGUGACAUAUCGCUCAUCGAAAAGUGUACUCUUCGCGUUUCCUUUGACCCGGAAGUGGUUGGGGCACGAGAUCUCAUUGAAAAACACUGGGGCGAGAUUGCAAAACUUGCGCCCAUCUGCGCUGACCCAGCACUCGCAGCUGGAAGCAAACAUGUCCGCCAUUCCGGUUUCAUGACUCUCUUGUCUGCAGUCCUCACAAUUCCAGUGUUAGUCAUGGCAUGGGCCCCCAUCCCCGAGAGAGAAAUCGCCUAUAGCUCUACCUCGCUGGCUUUAGCUACUGUCAUUCAGGUUGUGAUAGCAGGGCCUUUUUACCCUAAAGCAUUGAAGGCUCUUAUCUUCUCGCGGGUCAUUGAGAUGGAUCUUCUUAUCGUGUUGAGUACCAGCGCGGCAUACAUCUUCUCUGUGGUCUCUUUCGGCUUUCUCGUCGCUGGUAGCCCUCUUUCCACUGGCCAGUUCUUCGAGACAAGCACCCUUCUGGUUACUUUGAUCAUGUUCGGAAGAUAUAUCGCCACACUUGCCCGACAAAAAGCGGUGGAGUCAAUCUCCAUUCGGUCACUUCAGACACAGACAGCCCUUCUUGUAGACAAAUCAAACUCUUCUGAGCCUCGGGAAAUUGACGUUAGGCUACUGCAGUACGGAGACACUUUCAAAGUCCUUCCUGAUGUCAGAAUCCCGACCGACGGAACUGUAACAUCUGGUUCAUCGGAAGUAAACGAGUCCAUGCUCACUGGAGAGUCCCGACCGGUUGAAAAAAGUCCGAAAUCGCGUGUCAUUGCAGGGACAAUCAACGGGUCAGGAAGCCUGUAUGUCAAGCUAACUCGCCUCCCGGGUGACAAUGCUAUUAACACUGUCGCCGCCAUGGUCGAUGAAGCCAAGCUUUCUAAGCCAAAGAUCCAAGAACUUGCCGACAAGGUGGCUUCCUACUUCGUUCCAGUCAUUGUUGGUUUAACCGUCAUCACAUUUGCCAUUUGGGUGGCUGUCGGCAUAGCAAUACAAGGGAAGGCCGGUUCUGAAGCAAUACAAGGGAAGGCCGGUUCUGAAGCAACCGUUCAGGCUGUCACCUACGCCAUCACCGUGCUUAUUGUCUCCUGUCCUUGCGCCAUUGGUCUCGCCGUACCGAUGGUGGUUGUAAUCUGCAGCGGUAUCGCGGCGGAGCGAGGUGUGAUGUUCAAAUCUGCAUAUUCCAUCGAAGUCGCGCAUAGGGCCUCCCACGUGGUCCUUGACAAGACAGGAACCCUUACUCAGGGAAAGCUCAGCGUAGCCGUUGAGCACCACCUUGGAAAUGGUGGAGCAUCUCUGUCACUUCUUUUAGGCCUAGUUGGCGACAGCAAGCACCCGGUUUCGGUUGCUGUUAGUAAUCAUCUUAGGCACAAGGGAGUUGUUGCAACGGCUCUCUCCGACAUCAAAAGCCUAACCGGCCGAGGUGUCGAAGCGAAACUAGCUAAUCAAACGCUACAAGCUGGGAAUUCUCGCUGGCUAGAGCUUUCCACUCAACCCUUGGUGCAGCCGGUGCUUACACAAGGCUACACCGCGUUCUGCUUCGUCAUUAACGGGGCGCUACUUGCGGUCUUUGGUCUCGAAGACUCUCUCCGAGCCGAUGCAACCCACGUAGUUCAUACUCUACAGAAACGCGGCGUCUCAGUUCAUGUGGUAUCGGGUGAUGACGAAGGCGCCGUGCAGAAUGUGGCCAUAAAGUUAAGAAUCCCUGAGAGUAACGUUCGUGCUCGGAGCUCUCCAGCAGAUAAACAAGUUUAUGUCAAAAAUCUCCUGGGCAAUUGUUCAGAUGGUGAUGUGCCGAUUGUCAUCUUUUGCGGAGAUGGCACCAAUGAUGCCGUGGCACUCGCGCAAGCAACCAUCGGUGUUCACAUGAACGAAGGCAGUGAUGUUGCUCAGUCUGCAGCUGAUAUUGUGCUUAUGCGUCCAAAUCUGUCUGGUCUUCUCACCAUGAUGGAUGCUAGCAAGGUCUCUGUGAGACGCAUCAAAUUCAACUUUGCUUGGAGCUUUAUCUACAACACAUUCGCCGUACUCCUUGCAGCCGGGGCCUUUGUGAAUGCCCGAAUUCCGCCUCAGUUUGCGGGGCUGGGGGAGCUAAUCAGCGUGCUGCCCGUCAUCAUCGCUGCUGUGCUUUUGAGAUGGUCUAAAAUCUAG